AUGGCUCGUGGUUCGACUAACUUGUACUCGAACAUGGUAUCCAACCCGUACCCCAAGGCCAAGGAGCAUGUUGCUCGUAUCUCCGUUUGCGAGCUCUGCGACCGCGAGAUCCUCACCAAGGACUGGAACGGACACAAGAACUCCAAGAAGCACCGUGAGGCUGAAGCAAAAGAGCGCGAAGAGUUAGAGAAGACCAAGAACCCAGCUGGUACUUUCGGCGGCGACGCUACAAGCUUCGGUGGUGGCAACGAGUUCAGCGGUACCAACGAGUUUGCUGACGCCAACAACGAGUUCGGCUCUGGUGGUGACACCUUCGGCGGCGCUACGACUACCGCCAAUGACGGCUGGGGCUCUGCUGGCGGUUUCUCUACUGCAAACACUACCAGCUACAACAACGGCGGCGGCGGUGGCGGCGAUCGGGCCUGCUUUGGCUGUGGUCAGACUGGUCAUCAAAAGCGUGACUGCCCCUCUGGUGGAGGUGGAGGUGGCGGUGGCGGCGACCGUGCCUGCUUCGGCUGUGGUAUGACGGGUCACCAGAAGCGCGAUUGUCCUCAGGGCUCCGGUGGUCAAGCCUGCUUCAACUGCGGCGAGACUGGACAUCGCAAGACGGAGUGCACUCAGCCUCGUAAGCCCAUGGCUGGUGGUCCUGGUCGCGCAUGCCACAACUGCGGAGAUGAGGGUCAUAUGUCGCGCGAGUGCGACAAGCCUCGUGUCAUGAAGUGCCGUAACUGCGACGAGGAGGGUCAUGCCUCUCGCGAGUGCGACAAGCCUCGUGACUGGUCCCGCGUAAAGUGCCGUAACUGCAACAAUUUCGGUCAUGGCGAGAAGCGUUGCCCCGAGCCUCCUGCUGAGACUGCUGGCGGUGACUGGGGCGAUGCCGGUGGCUCGACCGCUGCGGCUGGCGGAUGGGGUGACACUCCGGUUGAGUCGAGCGGCAACUGGGCUGACGACACCACCGCAGCUGCCGAUGCCAAUACUUCUUCUGGCUGGUAG